CCUUCGGUUUGUUCAGUACGGCCGCGACCGUUGACCGGUCGACAGAUCAUAAUAUCACUAUCAUUAUUAUGACCGAGUCGCUGAGCGGUAUAAACCCGGUAUCGUCGACACGGCCGUCGCAGGCCCCGUCCGUGAUUUGUGUGACUACCAAUUUUGCCAUUACUGCGCGUUGACAUUAAUAUUUCGCGGUACUGUUCAUAACGAUUUACACCUGACGACCACCGCCGCCGCCGCGUGGUUAUCGCUACUUCCGGUCCGAGGCGCCGUCGACACCUCGUACGUUACAGGCAUUGCAGCAACGCAGGUCACGGUUUCCGGACAGUUAUAAUGGACGGAGGAGAAGGAGACGACGGGCAGUCGGCGUAUCAUCAUCAGCAGCAGCAGCAGCAGCAGCAGGGGCAGGGGCAGGGGCAGGACAAUGAACACCGUCCUGCGGCCGACGCGCAACAGCUGGACGUACCCAAACCGCCGGCACGCCGCCUGUCGCGCAGCACAAUGUCACUGAAGAUUGCACCUGAUAUACCGCCGAAACCGCCGAAAUUCCAGUUUUUCCCGGCGUCCCCGACCGCCAUGUGCCUGGCCAUGCCCAUGACCCCGAUCGCCGACCCGACCAUCCCAAAUGGGUUUUCGCCGCAACUUUACCAGGCGUACACGUCAAACAAAGCCACCGAUUUUUUCUUCAAACAGCUGGACGGAUUCAAAGAUAUCGUAUCCACGGCCAAAUUGAGAUUAAGCUUUGGCGAACGAGCCGUUUUCUGGAUGUACGACAAAAUCAGAGAAUGGUCUAGAAAGUGGCUUACUCAUUUCUUCCUACUCUUCAUUGCUGCUGGUUAUUGCGCAGCUGGAGCGCUAGUAUUUCAAGCAGUCGAAGGGUCGAAAGACCAAAACAUAGUUCCCAGAGAAAGAGAACAGUUGAUUAUAAAUCUUGCCAAUCUGAUGGAGAAAAUCGUAAAAAAAAAUGACUCAACAUUUAUAGAAACCAGAAAUCUCAUUCAAAAAUACGAAUCUUUUUAUGUUCAGAACAACAAGCCAGAAUGGAAUUAUUUAAAUGCCGUGUUUUAUUGUGGCACAGUAUUCACGACCAUAGGUUACGGUCAUAUAGCUCCGUCGACGAAUACUGGUCGGCUGAUUACCAUUGUGUACGCAAUAUUUGGCAUACCGAUAUUCCUUAUUUUGUUAGCCGAUUUCGGAAAAAUGUUCACCAGAGGCAUUAAAUUUCUCUGGGCGUUCGUCCGACGUCUAUACUACACCGGCAGCUGUCGAAAAGUUCGCAGAACUGCGCCAGUUCAAGAGGUCAUGAAAGGCGUACAGAUGAUGUACGACAUUACCAAGUUCCGGAGGCCAAGCAACAUGUUCGGCGGGGUUCCGGACAGUCAGUCCGGAUUUCCUCCCACGUCCCCUAGCACGCCGGCCCUCAGCGUGUACACAAUCGACGACGAGUUCAACCUACCCGUUUCGGUGGCGUUCAUGAUGCUGGUAGUGUACAUCGUAAUUGGAGCAAUCGUGUUCUGUUUCGAGGAAGGAUGGGGAUUUUUUGAAUCCUUCUAUUUCGUCUUCAUAUCCAUGUCGACGAUCGGAUUCGGAGAUUUCGUGCCCAAGAACCAACUCGUGAUGAUUGUGUCUAUCGUAUACUUGGUUUUCGGACUCGCACUGACGUCUAUGUGCAUAAAUGUCGUACAGGAAAAGUUGCAGAAUUCGUUUAGACAAGCGACGACUAAAAUAAGUGCAACAAUUGGUCUCGGGUUACCACGGGUAGACAAUAACGAGCCGGCGCCUAUCGUGGUGGACGACAUGAUAACCAUCGACGCGGACAUGACAACAAUCGAUACGGACGCAGUUACCGAUAACGACGAUGACUGAUUUUUCUUUUUUUCAUUUCAACGAUGUACGAUGACCAAGUACAAAUUAUAUUAUUAUACGAGAUGAGGGACUCGAUGUUAUAGUAUCCCUUGGUUGUAUACAAUAUAUAAUAACGACGACGAACUCUUCCGAGUACAGUAAAAAUGAAAAAAUAAUAAUUGUAUAUAAUAUAUAUAUAUAUAUAAUCAAUAUAAAAUCGGUCAGUUUUUUUUCA